AUGCAAAUGCACAAAACGUUUGGUUUAAAAUACUUAAGAAAAAUGCAGUAUUCAUACUUUACAAAUGAGUUCCUGACAAUCGUUAUUAGCUAUUUACUUGAGCUAAAAAUACUAACCUCAACUUUUAAUCUCACUAUUUUAUGUUGCUCGAGCAUUAAGUGUUUCGCGGAUAAACUUUCAAGAGCAGUUUUCAGCAGAGGCAACUGCAGUGUUUCACUUUUAGUCGUAGAGGCUUAUAAAAUGCGUGCAGUUGUUUAUCCACGGGCUUGGCACCAAACAUCCAAUAAAAAUGACCCUUGCAUUCCACCGUUGAGCAAACAUAUUUCCACGCUGUUUGUAAUAACGAGAGACCCAACAGUUCACUUGAUAUCAUCAAGUGCAAAAUCGUACAGAAUGCUUGGUAAUAAAGACAAUGCUGCGCCUGAUAAAAUGGGUUCAAAUAUUAUUAUUAGGAAGCUUUCACAAUGCAACAUUUUAAAUUCCUCGGUGAAUUUCCGCUUCGACUAUCUUCCUCAAAUCAUUCAUUUACUUAGUGAAAGUAACAGUUUUCUGCAUUUGGCUAGAGAUUGUGUAGAAGCAGAAACAACCGGAAUUGCACAGUCACAUCAGCCAAAUCUUAAAUUCAUGGAAUCUUUUUACAAAUUGUACAUAAUCUCGUGCAUUCAUGCUUUGGAGCAUAAUUUAUUACCCAAUUCAAUUCAUUUCCCAAUCGAAAAUAAAAAGCUCUUCAUCAUCAGCCCUGUAUAUCAGGGCAUCGGGACAUCCAUAUCCAUCGACAAAGUCGACAAAUGCGAGUUCAAAAAAUGUGAUUUUAUUCAGCAAAUCUUUGGAUUACGGUUUUGUGGCAGGAGAUUCUGCAGUUAUUUAUGUGUAUAUAUUUUCUCCUCUGUCUACGACGUAGAUAUAUUUGAAGGUGGCAGAAGCCAAAGAUAUGCAGAAGAAACCAAUGAUGAUUUGAUGAUUGUUGAUUUCUGA